AUGGCUUUGAGAUUUAGCUGGAAGCUUAGUCUGACUGCAGUCUUAAUGCUGGCAAUGAUGGCUUCUCAAGCCACAUCGCGCAGCUUGAAUGAAGCCUCAAUGACUGAAAAACACGAGCAAUGGAUGGCUCAGCAUGGAUGCGUAUACAAGGAUGACGCAGAGAAGGCGGAUAGAUAUAAGAUAUUCAAGGAAAAUGUGAAUUUCAUAGCGUCUUUCAACAAAGCUGGAAAUCGACCUUACAAGUUAGACAUCAACCAAUUUGCAGAUUUGACAAAUGAAGAAUUCAGGGCAGCUCGAAAUAAAUAUAAACCGUGGAAAGUGUGCGAAUCAAAAUCAUUUAUGUAUGAAAAUGUCAGUGCAGUUCCAGCAAGUAUGGACUGGAGAAAGAAAGGAGCUGUUACAGGAGUCAAGGAUCAAGGCCAAUGCGGAUGCUGCUGGGCAUUUUCAGCUGUUGCAGCCAUGGAAGGAAUCAACCAACUCACAACUGGUAAGUUAAUCUCAUUAUCUGAGCAAGAGCUUGUUGAUUGUGACACUGCUGGUGAAGAUGAAGGCUGCGGUGGAGGACUCAUGGACGAUGCAUUCAAGUUCAUCAUCAAGAACAAAGGCCUUACAACCGAAACAAAUUACCCAUAUCAAGGAACUGAUGGAACUUGCAAUGCAAACAAGGAAGCUAACCAUGCUGCAAAGAUUACAGGUUACGAAGAUGUCCCUGCAAAUAGUGAGGCUGCACUUCUGAAGGCUGUGGCCAACCAACCUGUGUCAGUUGCCAUUGAUGCUAGUGGAUCAGCAUUCCAGUUCUACUCAAGCGGUGUUUUUACAGGCGAUUGUGGGACUGAACUGGACCAUGGUGUCACAGCAGUUGGUUAUGGUACGAGUACUGAUGGCACCAAGUAUUGGCUAGUGAAGAAUUCUUGGGGAACCAGUUGGGGUGAGAAUGGAUACAUCAGAAUGCAGAGAGAUAUUGAUGCCAAGGAAGGACUCUGUGGCAUUGCCAUGCAAGCUUCUUACCCUACCGGUCUAAAAUCAACAACAAGUAAUCCAACA